CACAUUUGCGGCAUCAAUUAUGGUUUUUUAGGAAAAUUAUUUUCCAGCCAUUCUGCACCUCACCAAUAGUAUUCUUGUACAGAAAAUGAUAUAAAUUGUUUUUAAUAUUUUGAUAAAUCGAAUACAUUUACUUGUUACCUAUUGUUUUUAGUAGUAAAAGGCCUUUGUAAAGAUGAAUCGAUUAACCUAUAAUAAUAAAAACUUCAAAUAUUAAAUUACGGGAUGUAAUACUAUUAAUAUUUCCAUACUAGAAUGCAUACAGAUAAAGACAUAAAUGAAAUUUUUGAUGAUAUACUACUUUUUGAAGAAAAUAUCAUAGACGAAGCUUAUGAAGAAGGAUUUAAGAUCGGUGUUCUUCAAGGAAAUAAAGAAGGUUUUCAUUUAGGAUAUCAUAGAGGUUCAGAAAUAGCUGCAGAAAUAGGUUUCUACUUAGGUGUGACUGAGAAAUGUUUACAAUAUUUUUCUACUAAAGACCCCGAAAAAUUAGUCAAAUUUGCAGACGCUUUAGAAAAUUUGAAAAAAUGCUUAACUGAAUUUCCAAAAACAAAUACAGUUCAUGUAGAUAUAUUUGAAUUGUUGAAUACGAUUAGAGCUCAGUAUAAAAAGUUGUGUGCACAGAUUAAAAUAAAUAUACCAUAUCCAGAAAAGACGAACAUGUCUUUUUAAAAUGAAGAUAUUAAAAGAACAAAUUACGUCAAUAUUAGACUAUUUACAACCACUUUUACCUUUGGCUAAUUUUCAUAUGGUUGAUUAUUUCACGAAAAAUGCAUUUGAACAGUAUGUUCCAGAUAGAAUAAAAGAAGACGUACUGAAAGUUGGAUUUAAAGAAGGUAUUAAUUGUAUUUUUGAAAACGACUAUAAAAAAAUGAAAAAUUUAAAGAUUUAUAGCCAAAAAUCGAAAAA